AUGUUGUCGAGGACCUCUCAAAGAACAGCGCAGACGCUCCUGCGGGGCGCGAAGCCUGCCUCCCGAUGGGCACCCGCCAUGGCUACCCGCUCAAUGGCUACGGUCACCCAAGACAUCUUCAAGCCCACCAAGUUCGGCGGCAAAUACACCGUUACCCUGAUUCCCGGUGACGGUAUCGGUGCUGAGGUCUCCGAGUCGGUCAAGGAGAUCUUCAAGGCGGACAACGUGCCCAUUGAGUGGGAGCAGGUCGACGUCUCUGGUGUCGACUCUGGCAACGUCCACUCCGAGGAGCUCCUCCGCGAGUCCAUUGCUUCGCUCAAGCGCAACAAGCUCGGUCUCAAGGGUAUCCUCCACACGCCCGUCGAGCGCUCCGGCCACCGUUCCUUCAACGUUGCUCUCCGUCAAGAGCUCGACAUCUACGCCUCCAUCGUCCUCCUCAAGAACAUCCCCGGUUACGAGACGCGCCACAAGGACAUCGACUUCUGCAUCAUCCGUGAGAACACUGAGGGUGAAUACUCUGGUCUCGAGCACCAGUCGGUCAACGGCGUCGUCGAGUCGCUCAAGAUCAUCACCCGUGAGAAGUCGGAGCGCAUCGCCAAGUUUGCUUUCGCCUUUGCGCUCGCAAACAACCGCAAGAAGGUUACCUGCAUCCACAAGGCCAACAUCAUGAAGCUCGCCGAUGGUCUGUUCCGCAACACCGUCAAGAGGGUUGGUGAGGACUACCCCACUCUCGAGACCAACGACAUGAUUGUCGACAACGCCUCCAUGCAGUGUGUCUCAAGGCCCCAGCAAUUCGACGUCAUGGUUAUGCCCAACUUGUACGGAGGUAUCCUUUCCAACAUUGGUGCUGGUCUCGUUGGCGGUCCUGGUAUCGUCCCCGGUUGCAACAUGGGCCGCAACGUCGCCGUUUUCGAGCCUGGAUGCCGUCACGUCGGUCUCGACAUCAAGGGCAAGGACCAGGCCAACCCCACUGCUCUGAUCCUGUCCGCCGCCAUGAUGCUCCGUCACAUUGGUCUCGAUGACCACGCCAACCGCAUCUCGCAGUCCGUCUACAAGGUUAUUGCUGACGGUACCGCCCGCACACGCGACAUGGGAGGCAACACCACCACCCACGAGUUCACCCGCGCAGUCCUGAACCAGAUGGAGAAGGCAUGA